AUGGGAGGCGCGUCCACUACCGCGCAGCAGCAACUACAGCAGCAACACCAUCAGCAGCAACUUACCCACCAUCUGCAGGCUCAGCAGCAGCUACACGAACAGCACGAUCACCAGCUACAGCAGCAGCAGCAGCAGCAACAGCAAGCCCUCGGUCUCGCUAACUCCCAGGCACUAUCCCCUUCGUCCAGCUCGUACUACAGCAGCUGCUGCUCGGAUAUGGCCGCUGCCGCACUGUCCUCGCUGAUGGCCACCACCAGCCAGUUCACCCAGUUCCAGAACACGCUCAACUUUGUCAGCGGCGGUACGAUCGGGGCCACUGUAGCCGCCAGCAACACCACCAGCAGCAGCAACAGCAGCAGCAGUAGCAAUAGUAGUAGCGGCAGCCACGCCAGCACUAGUAGCUCGCGCAGUGUUGCAAGCGCCGGUGACACACUCGCCGCACCCGGAUCUAGCGGUGAAGGUGCGGGAGCACCGGACAGUGAGAGUGCGACGAUCGACGGCAACCAGGAUGGGGGCGGCCACGUGAACGGCAGCUUCGACAGCACGCUGGCAGCACUGGCUGCCGUCGAUCAUGCUGUGCCGGUCGGCGAUACGCGCAAAAUGAUCCUCGGGCUGGGAGUCAACCACCAUCUGCCCGCCAGUCUGCAGCUGAUCGAGGAUAUGGAUCACCGGGCCGGAGAUUCGGACAGUAGCAGUGGGCAGCAGCAGCUGCGGCACCAGGACGACACGAACGUGUCCGUCGUAGACGAUGAGGCGUAA